GAAUCCUUGUCGCUAAAUCAGUUGGGAAAACGGAACCUUCCGACUUGGGGCCAUCGCAAAAUGGCUCCACUAUCGACAGCGUUAUUCUAUAUACUAAUUUUGUCUUUUACCUGGUCGAGCUGCGCAGCUAAAUCCACGUUAGAAGAAGAAUUACAGCAACUGAAGGAAAGCUAUGUUUAUCUAAAGCAAAUUGUGGAUGUCCAAAACAUUCAAUUAAAGGAAAAAAUUGUUCAACUAGAAGCUAAAGAUGCUCAGUUAGAAGAACUUUUGAGACUAAAAGACCAGAAACAGAUUGUAAAGCAAGGAAUUAGAAAUACUCCUUCAAUCAACAGUCAAUCAACCCAAAGUAACGCUACUAUGAGACAAGGACUAGCAACAAAAAUGCCCACUUCCUGCUUGGAUCUUGAAAGUCUAGGACACCAAUUCAAUGGAGUUUAUUCGGUCAUGGGAGCUAAGUAUGUCGAAACAGUCUACUGCGACUUUUCACAAUUUAACUUUGAUCCCAGUUUUGAAACGCGAAUUGGAUUUGCUGAUAUCAAAUCUGCACCGAUUUACUUCUUUGUCAGGAGAAACAAGAACGAUGUUUUCCGUCAAGCAAAUACAACAAUUAUAUUCGACGAAGAACUGGUAAAUGUGGGUGGAGCUAUGAAUACAUCAACGGGGAAAUUCACGGCAACGACGACAGGGACUUACUUUUUCAACCUGAACGGAUUGGCGUGGUUUCCGGAAUCUUCUUAUAGACUAGUCCUCUACAUUGCGCUGAAGUUAAAUGGCAAGGACAUCACAUAUUGUCACGCUAAUGCGUUCGACCUAAAAGGCUCAUGGAAAACCUUUUCUCUGCCAUCAACGCUAAGGUUGAAAAAAGGCGACCAAAUUUGGUUUGAAAUUAAUCAACUCUCCACCGGUGUCUAUCUAAAUGGCGUCGUCGUCUCCAAUUACCAGCCGGAUGGAAAUUACAAUCAGUUUCAUAUGUUCAGCAGUUCCAACUACUUUCCAAAUUACGACGCGCUCCCGCCAACUGGAAAAGCUCGAUCCCGCGUUUCUCCUGACAUCAAUCAAGUUACUAUGCUGGCUCUGGGGUAUUUUAUUGCAUGCCUAAAGGAGUUAAAAGGUAAAAUUAACGAUUUCAUCGGAUAAAUUUUAGAUGGCAAA